AGUGCGCGCGGAUCGGUCGCGCGCGGUGGUAGCACGUGGGUGGUUGACAAGUGCGGUUAUUACGAUCGUGAGCGUUGCGCGCGUGCCGUGCUGUGCCGUGCCGUGAAGACGAGGGAACGAGCGAGACAGAGAUGGCGAGCCACGACGUCGGCAUCGGCGACUUCGUGUUGCUGGAUGAAAUCACGGUGGAGCGCGUGGUGGAGAACCUCAAGAUCAGAUUUAACGGGGGAAAGAUUUACACGUACAUCGGCGAGGUCUGUGUGAGCGUGAACCCUUACAGGAGCACCAAUAUUUACGAUGCGGACCAGAUUAAUAAGUAUAAAGGGAGAGAACUGUUCGAGAACCCGCCGCACAUUUUCGCGAUCGCGGAUGCGGUGCAUAAGGAGAUGAAGCAACAGGGCAGAGACACUUGUAUAGUUAUAAGCGGCGAGUCGGGCUCUGGUAAAACAGAAGCUAGCAAAAUCAUAAUGAAAUAUAUUGCCGCCGUGACCAAUCUCAGCGGCCAGCAGGAAAUCGAGAGGGUGAAGAACAUUCUCAUUCAAUCGAACUCGAUAUUGGAGGCGUUUGGUAACGCCAAAACAAAUAGAAAUGACAACUCGUCGCGUUUCGGAAAGUACAUGGACAUCAAUUUCGAUUUCAAGGGAGACCCCAUCGGCGGCCACGUGACCAAUUACCUUCUCGAGAAAUCGCGGGUGGUCUAUCAGCAAAAGGGAGAACGCAACUUUCACUGCUUCUAUCAGUUACUGAACGGCUGCAGCGAGGCCGAAUUGAACAAACUACGUUUGGUCCGUGACCCAGCCGCUUACUACUUCAUCGGCAAUGGAAGCAAUAACAAGACAACUACUUCCGACAGAAGCGACUAUAAAACUGCUUGCACCGCCAUGUCUACCCUCGGAUUCUCCACGGCCGAGACGCAGACCAUAUGGAAUAUCGUCGCUGGUAUCUUACAUUUGGGUAACAUCACCUUCAGGCUGGACGAUGACAAACUUAUAAUCGGAAAUAACAGUGCUUUAAAUGACACCGCUAACUUAUUCUCCAUCAACUCGAAAGAUCUAAGCACUGCUCUCUCGCAGAGAGUCAUAGCGGCGGGUGGAGAAGUUAUGCAGAAGACUCACACUUUGAUAGAAGCCGAAUAUGGCCGAGAUGCAUUAGCGAAAGCUGUAUACGAGCGAUUGUUCACGUGGAUAGUGUCGCGCGUCAAUGGAUCGAUCAACGUAAAUAACAGUGACGACAUGAAGAGAUACGGAACGCUGAUCGGCGUGCUCGAUAUCUACGGCUUCGAAAUUUUUGACAUAAAUAGCUUCGAGCAGUUUUGCAUCAAUUAUUGCAACGAAAAGCUGCAACAGCUUUUUAUCGAAUUGGUUCUGAAACAAGAGCAAGAAGAGUACCAGAAGGAAGGGAUAGCUUGGCAAAACAUUGAAUACUUUAACAAUCAGAUCAUUUGCGACUUGGUCGAGCAAGCUCACAAGGGAAUGAUAGCAAUCAUGGAUGAAGCUUGUCUCAACGUCGGGAAGGUCACGGAUGAGAUUCUUCUCAACGCAAUGGAUAAGAAGUUAGUGAAUCAUAAACACUACAGCUCUCGACAAUUAAAACCGAUGGACAAAGAAUUAGAACACAGAACGCAAUUUAAGAUCAAACAUUAUGCGGGCGAUGUGAUUUACAAUAUCAAUGGUUUCCUCGACAAGAACAAAGACACACUCUUCCAAGACUUCAAACGUCUUCUCUAUCAAAGCAAAAAUUCUGUAAUUAGCAAAAUGUGGCCUGAGGGUGCCCAGAACAUUUUGAAGACGACAAAGAGGCCUUUAACUGCUGGCACCAUGUUCCGCAAUUCUAUGAUUGCACUGGUGAAGAAUCUAGCGAGUAAAGAACCUUUUUAUAUCAGAUGCAUAAAACCAAACGAGGUAAAGUCUCCAGUUGUAUUCGAUGAGGAGAGAGUAAACCAUCAAGUGAGAUACUUGGGACUUGUGGAGAACAUAUUGGUGAGACGGGCUGGUUUCGUGUACAGACAACGAUACGACAGAUUUCUGAAAAGAUAUAAAAUGAUAUCACAAUACACAUGGCCAAACUAUCGAGGCGACAGUGAUAAGGAUGGCGUACGCACAUUGAUGGAUGAGAAGAAUUUCUCGGACGAUGUUAAGUACGGGCACACGAAGAUAUUCAUUCGCUCGCCGCAGACUUUAUUUGCGUUAGAAAAGAUGCGCAGCGACUUAAUACCAGGUGUCGUAAUUCUCUUACAAAAGCAAUGGCGAGGAUAUCUUUGCCGUCAAAAGUACAAGAAGAUGAAGGCCGCAUUAGUGCUGAUGGAGCAUUACAGAAGAUACAAACGACGCGUGUAUAUCAAGCAACUCGAACGGACAUUCAAAGGCGCCAAGAAUCUGCGAAAUUACGGCAAGACUUUACCAUGGCCGCGCGAAAAUUUCGCCGUGAGACACGUGGUGCCCGCUUUGAGAAAUAUGUACGCGAGGUGGUGGGCAUGGAUGAUACUCAGAGCGAUUCCUCGGGAGGAUUGGCCGCAACUUCGAUUAAAGAUGGCCGCGGGUGCUGUGUUGCGUUCGAAGCGAUCUUACUGGGGUCAAGACCGUCGUUGGGAGGGAAACUAUCUGUCCAAGCCGGACGAGAAUUCUCAAAGCGACGUUUUCAAUUCUUCGAUAAACAACCUACGAAAUACCGACCACUUCAAGACCGUUCUGUUCAGCGCAUUUAUUAGGAAGACUAACAGGUUCAACAAACCAGCGGAUCGCGUUUUGGUGGUGACGGAACAUACUGUGUAUAAACUCGACGGCGUCAAGUUUAAGAACAUGAAAAAAGGUAUGCCGAUAGCGGAGAUCACUGGCCUAAGCGUUUCGCCUGGAAGGGAUCAGCUUAUCACAAUUCACUCGAAUCGUGGAAACGAUUUCAUUCUGUCGAUCAUCGCCAAAGACGACAGAGUCGGAGAGCUGGUUGGCGUGCUGAGCAACCGAUACUAUCAGCUGCGUGGUGCCGAUCUACACGUGACAGUGGAUGUGAAGUUCAAAUGUAUGCUUGGCAACAAGAGCAGAUUAUUGCACAUUGAAGUGAUGCCUGACUUGAUCGAGCCUACAUUCAAGAAGGACGGUAAUCAAAUCAUCUAUGCCAUUCCACCGUCGGUGGGCAUCAUCGAUAGUGUUAAUACAAGAUUCGUAAUAAAUCCGCAUUGAUCAGUUUAUAAGUCCGACGACUUAUUCGAGACUGUAUUAUAAAGACAUAUAUUUUUUGUCAAACGUUCCGCCGUGCGGUUGUUCUACAUUCAGCGAUUUUAUGAGACAAUAUUCAGUACUCAGAGUUCGCAUUUGAAAGUUUUUCCCAGUUGAAUCAUUUGUUUUUACAUAUUUUUCAUGUAAUAUUAAUCACGUUAUGACGAAUGUCAAUGUAAUGCGAAUUUUACUGUGCUGAAAGUUCGAUCAAUGUCUAUGUAUAUCUGUUGCGUAAUCAAACGUUUAAAUUAAAUAUAAUGUCCAAGUUCUCGUUACAUAAUAUAUUAUGCAUAUAUUAUCAUAGGCAUAUAUCAUAUAUUAUUGCAGACAUAUGACCGGAAAUUCAAGCGCAGGUUUCUUUCCGUGAAAAAAAUUUUGACAAGAACGUUAUAAUCACGUUUUAAAAACAUUAUUGAUUUUUCUUCAAUAAUGUUAUACAGCAUUAUAAUUUCUAAUUUCUCAUUAUAACUUCUAGUUAUUUUUCGUACUUGUUCUACGUUUCAAUAAUUUUAGUGAAGAAUUAUUUUUAACAUUUUUCGAGUAUUUCUUAGUAGACCUAAGAAGUUUGAACUUUCGUCAACUUGCGUGCCUGCAUAAUAGAUAUACUUAUGUCAAGAGUAUGUAAAAAGAAAAAAAUGUGACAGUACAAGUUAAUUACAUACACGUGACAUAUGCGAGUCACUUGCGUAGCGUGAAGCAUACGAGAAACUUGAUAAAUUCUUUCCGUACGCUGGUAUAUUCCAUCGGGUAUAGCGCCCACGACGCAUUUCUCUGUAAAUACUCUUUAAUAUAUUAAUAUUAUUAGCUUGUAAUGUGCGGCGUGAGAGAGGACGAGACGUAAAAUCUACGAAAGUGAGUUUCACCGGGGGGGGGGGGGGUAUAACAGUGAAUGCGUAAUUUAUACAAGAUAACUUAAACGUUAACUCAUAGAAAGUCAUCGAGUUGUCCUUUUCUCAAAGGAAAGUGCUACCGACGUGUUACGGUGAUUAUACAAAACGUUUCUUAUUAACCGCAAUGUGCCGUAAGCUUGUGGCCUUUUACUUACUACCAGAUCGAAAUAUUUUUUUAAAGAUUUUUGAAGAUUUUUUACAUAAAUAAAUACAAAAAGCACAGUACGAUAAAACAAAUAUAUAUAAACUAAAUAUAUAUUACCGUACACCAGUAGUGCCUGCUAACUCGAUACAAAAUAUAACGAAAGUUAAAUGCGUCCUUUUCCAAAGAAAGUUUUGGAUCUUUCCGUGUACUUAGAUUUAGAGACUGUAUAGGAAUAUAUAUAUAUACAUACGAUCAAGCUUAAUCAAAAUAUAUAUUAUUUGACGAUUAUUUCGCCAUUACUUCGAUUAACAUGCGAAAUUGUUAUACAUUGCCAUAGAAUCCGUUAAUCCGGUAUUUAUGCAUUUAUAAAACAUUCAUUAAAAACGAGCUAAUUUUCUUUUAUUUAUAUAUUCGAACAGAAUUUACUUCAUUUCCAUUGGCAAUUGUAAUCGUGAAGUUAGAAAUGUGCCAUUGUUAGAAAAUAAAGUGGAAUUUUCAUUUUAUA